AUGUAUAACUCUGACAAGCAGUGUGACCCCGAGAUAAAAGAGGCCGAGGGGUCCUUGCCCUACCUGCUAGUGCUGUGCGGGGACCACGGCAUGUCGGAGACCGGCAGCCACGGAGGAUCCUCCGAGCCGGAGAUCAAUACGCCCCUGGUGCUCUUAAGUCCAGCCUUCAAAAGAAAAGCGGGCAUGGAGAAGCCUGGAGUGGUGGAGCAAGUGGACCUGCCUCCGACCCUGGCUCUGGGCCUUGGCCUGCCCAUAUCUCUGAACAGCGUGGGCCGCAUCAUCCCGGGCGUCCUGGAGGAGACCUCACUCCGAGACCAGCUGCGCUUCCUGCAUCUCAAUGGCCACCAGCUCAGCUGCCUGCUCAAAGACAGCGUACCCGAUUAUGAAAAAGCGGGCGCCGAUCCCCACCGCUUCUGCUUUGAAUGUUUGGGGCCUGACCACGCCGUGGACGGUGUGAACCAUUCUCCGUCCUGCAAUGCCUGCCGGAUGCUCCCACGGCUCAGACACCAGCAUCGAUUGGAGCAUUUCCAUGCACACUAUGUCUCAUCGGAUGAGGCGGAGGACCAGGUGGAGCUCGAUGUGGUGGAGAUGGAGGACCAGGAUGUGGCCGGGGAGGUGCCGUUCAUGUUCACCAUUCCAGCGGGCCGGGUGGCUUCGUUUGUUGAGAAGGAGGACUUUUCGUUGUCGGGCGCUUCCGAGUCCGGCAUCCAUGAGGAUCUGCCCGUCAGGCCAUGGCGGUGGAGCAUGUAG